AUUCGCACAUUCUAACGAAGAAACCCCGCAGUCCAGCCGUGAAGGAGCCUCUCUCUCUCUCUCUCCCCCCAUUUCGAGCAGAGAUUUCCACCUCUCCUUCUUCCCCGAAUCUUCCGCGACCUCUCCUGCUCCUUAUUUGAGGCAUUUUCGGAUCUGUUUCCAACGCUCCAUCUCUCCUUCCUUUGCCUUAUUCCUUUCAGGAAUGGAUCUCUGAUUUGAGGAAGAAGAAGCUGACUGGGAGGACCAUUGCUAGUCUGCUCCAGACACCGGGGAGGGGAUCGGUCUGUGGAGAACUGGAGGGGACAUGGAGAGUUAUCUAAAUCAGAACUUUGGUGGCGUGCUGCCGAAGAACUCGUCGGAGGACGCCCUUCAGCGGUGGCGGAAGGUAUGCGGCGUCGUGAAGAACCCUAAGCGUCGGUUCCGCUUCACUGCCAAUCUUUCGAAGCGAUGGGAGGCUGCGGCGAUGAAGCGCUCGAAUCAGGAGAAACUGCGAGUAGCUGUAUUGGUUUCAAAAGCCGCACUUCAGUUUAUACAUGGCCUCACAAUUUCAAGCGAAUACACUGUACCCGAUGAAGUCAAAGCUGCAGGAUUUCAGAUUUGUGCUGAUGAAUUGGGGUCCAUAGUUGAAGGACAUGCCAUCAAGAAGUUAAAAAUGCAUGGUGGGGUGGAUGGUCUAGCAAACAAACUGUCUACAUCCGCUACUAAUGGCCUCACCAUUUCUGAGGAAACUUUGAAGGUCAGGCAAGAUAUUUAUGGAAUUAAUAAGUUUACUGAAAGCGAAUCAAGGAGCUUUUUCAUAUACUUGUGGGAAGCACUUCAAGACAUGACUCUUAUGAUUCUCGGCGCCUGUGCCUUUGUUUCUCUGAUUGUCGGUAUUCUGACAGAAGGAUGGCCAAAAGGCGCUCAUGAUGGCCUCGGAAUUGUUGCGAGUAUCUUGUUAGUCGUCUUUGUUACCGCUACGAGUGAUUACCGACAAUCUUUGCAGUUCAAGGACUUGGAUAAGGAGAAAAAGAAAAUCACCAUACAAGUCACACGAAAUGGGUUUAGACAGAAAAUGUCAAUCUAUGACCUUCUUCCUGGUGAUGUUGUCCAUCUAGCAAUAGGAGACCAAGUCCCCGCUGAUGGACUUUUUCUCUCUGGAUUUUCUCUAUUAAUCGAUGAGUCAAGUUUAACUGGGGAGAGCGAACCCGUCGGCGUAACGGCAGAAAAUCCUUUUCUCUUAUCUGGAACUAAGGUUCAGGAUGGCUCGUGUAAAAUGUUGGUAACAACUGUUGGCAUGAGAACUCAAUGGGGUAAGUUGAUGGCCACACUUAGCGAAGGAGGAGAUGAUGAAACUCCUUUACAGGUUAAGCUCAACGGCGUCGCUACAAUCAUCGGGAAGAUUGGCUUAUUCUUCGCUGUUGUUACUUUCGCUGUGAUGGCUCAAUCCCUUAUCUUGCUUAAGUUUAAUGCCGGGACAUUAUUCAGCUGGACAGGAGACGAUGCGUUGCACUUGUUAGAAUAUUUUGCCAUUGCUGUUACUAUUGUAGUUGUUGCAGUUCCAGAAGGGCUGCCUCUAGCUGUGACCUUGAGUCUUGCCUUUGCCAUGAAGAAGAUGAUGAACGAUAAAGCAUUAGUUCGUAAUCUUGCAGCUUGUGAAACUAUGGGCUCUGCUACGACCAUCUGCAGCGACAAGACGGGAACUUUGACGACCAAUCACAUGACUGUGGUGAAAGCUUGCAUCUGUGGAAAUGUUGUUGAAUUAUCCAAUCUUACUGAUGCCUCAAGCAUGCGCUCUAAACUUCCACAAACGGUGCUUAAUAUCCUUAUGCAGUCCAUAUUUAAUAAUACAGGAGGAGAAAUUGUAACCAACCAACAAGGAAAGAUUGAAAUUUUAGGAACACCAACCGAGACUGCUAUAUUGGAAUUUGGUUUGUCUCUUGGUGGUAAUUUUCAAGCGGAGCGCGAAGUGGUUAAGAUUAUUAAAGUCGAACCCUUUAACUCAGCGAAGAAAAGAAUGGGUGUUGUGAUCCAACUUCCCCAAGGAGGAUUCCGCACCCACUGUAAGGGCGCCUCUGAAAUAGUUCUAGCUUCUUGUGAUAAGGUUUUAGAUGCCGCAGGUAAUGCUGUUCCACUUGAUUUAGCAACAACCAAUCAUCUCAAGGAUACAAUUGAAAGUUUUGCUAAAGAAGCUCUCCGGACGCUUUGCCUGGCCUAUAUGGAGGUAGAAGAUGACUUCACAGCUAAUCAACAAAUCCCUUCUGAUGGCUACACAUGUAUUGGAAUUGUGGGCAUUAAGGAUCCUGUCAGACCCGGUGUUAAGGAGUCUGUGGCUGUUUGUCGAUCUGCCGGAAUUGCGGUGAGAAUGGUUACUGGCGAUAACAUUAAUACUGCAAAGGCUAUUGCUCGAGAAUGCGGCAUUCUUACGGAUGACGGCGUGGCUAUAGAAGGUCCGGAGUUUAGGGAAAAGAGUCUUGAACAAAUGAUGGAAUUAAUUCCAAGGAUACAGGUGAUGGCUAGAUCUUCGCCGUUAGAUAAACAUACACUUGUGAGGCAUCUACGCACUUUGUUCAACGAGGUCGUUGCUGUGACGGGCGAUGGCACGAAUGAUGCACCUGCCCUUCAUGAGGCGGAUAUUGGGCUUGCAAUGGGAAUUGCAGGAACUGAGGUCGCAAAAGAGAGUGCAGAUGUAAUAAUCCUUGACGAUAAUUUCUCCACAAUUGUGACUGUGGCCAAAUGGGGACGUUCUGUUUACAUAAACAUUCAAAAGUUUGUACAGUUUCAGCUGACAGUGAAUGUGGUAGCCUUGAUUGUUAACUUUUCCUCCGCUUGCCUUACUGGUGCUGCUCCGCUGACUGCUGUUCAGUUGUUGUGGGUAAACAUGAUCAUGGAUACAUUGGGAGCUCUUGCACUUGCCACCGAACCUCCUAAUGGUGAGUUAAUGAAGAGGAUGCCCGUUGGUCGGAAGGGGAACUUUAUCAGCAAUGUGAUGUGGAGAAAUAUCUUUGGACAAUCUUUCUAUCAGUUUUUUGUAAUUUGGUAUCUCCAGACAGAAGGUAGAAGGCUCUUCGGUCUUGAAGGCGCUGGCUCUGAGCUCACCUUGAAUACACUUAUCUUCAACACUUUUGUGUUCUGCCAGCUCUUCAACGAAAUCAGCUCUAGGGAGAUGGAGAAGAUUAACGUCUUCGAAGGCAUCCUCAACAACUACAUUUUCGUCGGCGUCCUCUCCACGACCGUUAUCUUCCAAUUCAUCAUCAUCCAAUUUCUCGGCGAAUUCGCGAAUACGACACCAUUGACAUCUUCGCAAUGGUUGUUGACCGUACUCAUCGGGUUCCUCAGCAUGCCCAUUGCUGCAGCCAUCAAGCAGAUACCUGUGGGGUCAAAAUGAGGUAAUGGAAGGCAAAUUUGGUACUAAAAAUGACUUAUUUUUAUUUCAAAACCUAUUUUGAAUUUUUUCUUUUUUGGCUCCAUGUUCUUUUUAGUGGCAGCAUGGAAAAGAAAGCUAUUUCUGUUAGUAGUUUUAUCAACUCAUGUGAGAACUGCUACAGAUUUUUGGUAAAAAUGUUAAUAGCUAUUUGUUUGGAUGUAUUUGAAAUUUACAUUUAUGCCACAUUCUAUUAUUUUGU